AUGAUUAGUGCCAGAAAUAAGUACCUUUUCACUCCAAAUCAAUGGCAAGAGCUUGAACACCAAGCUCUCAUCUUCAAAUACAUGGUUUCAGGAGUUCCUAUCCCACCUCAACUCCUUUAUUCUGUCAAAACAAGCUUUGAUUCUUCUUUGGCUUCACACCUCUUCCCUCACCAACCCACAGGGUGGGGCUGUUUUCAGGUGGGUUUUGGCAGAAAACCAGACCCAGAGCCGGGGAGGUGCAGGAGAACUGAUGGAAAAAAAUGGAGGUGCUCCAAAGAAGCUUACCCAGACUCCAAGUACUGUGAGAGGCACAUGCAUAGAGGCAGGAACCGUUCAAGAAAGCCUGUGGAAGCUAAUUCAUCAUCAUCAACAGCACCACCAGCACCACCAACAACAGCAGCAGCUUCCAUCCUUUCACCAUCUUUCCCAUCAAUCAACAGUAACCUUCCCACUUCAAGUUCUUCUCUCUCUUUUUCUCCUAUGGCUACUGAAAACUUCACCCAUUUCGACCCCUUUCUUUAUUCUCAUUCUUCUACGAGACUUCAUGGUUCAGGCUUAUCAGUUCCAUCUCAUCAUUUCCUAGACUCUGGAACUGGAAUUGAUUACCCUCAGACUGAUAAACUUUACAGGUAUGUUCAUGGAACAAGGGAAGGUGUUGAUGAAAGAUCUUUCUUCCCCGAAGCUUCAGCGAGUGUAAGAGUUGUAUCUGAUUCUUAUCAGCCACUGACAAUGGUCCAAAGCUUUGGUGACAACAAUGGUUCAAAGCAGGGGCAGCAAUGCUUCGUUUUAGGUACUGAUAUCAAGUCAGCUAAGCCAAUCAAGUUAGAAAAGGAUGAAGGAACUCAAAAACCAGUCCACCAAUUUUUAGGGGAUUGGACACAAGGGAACAACAAUGGUUCUUGGCUUGAUCUUGCAUCCAAUUCCAGGGUCCAAUCAGAUAGUUGAGGUCUCAAUAAUGGAAUCAAUAAAAGCACUUGAAUGAAGGGUCAAUUUCAAUACCUUAGCUGUUGAAAUUGUGGCUAGGAUUGCUUUGUUCUGAAAAAGUUGUGAAAAACCAAACAAUGUAGGGCCAGUGGAAGAUUUAUCUAUUUGUUGCUGUCACCCACUCUGAUAACCUACUUUUUAUCUUCUUCCCUGGAGGAAACAUGUUUCGAAUAUGUAAUACUUCGUUUCUUUGACUACAGAAUCGCCCUUAUGAAGUAA